UUGACUUAAAAAGACAGUUUCAGCUGUGUUUGUGCUCUGCUAGGAGGCAUCAUGGGGAGAACUGUGGUGCAGCUCACCCUCAUUGGGCUGCAGCUGGCUUUGACUUCCACACUGCUAAACAAGGAUGACUGGGACGUCUACAGCUUUCACAUCAACUCCACAGUGACCAGUCGUUAUGCCACCACUGUCAUCACAAGCCGUGUGGCCAAUCGUAUGGAUGAGUCAAAGGAAAUUGAAUUCCAUGUUCGGAUUCCCAAGAAUGCCUUCAUCAGUAAAUUCCAAAUGUUUAUUGAUGGCCAAGUUUAUGAUGGUGUUGUGAAAGCUAAGGAGCAAGCUCAGCAGCAGUACACUGAAGCUGUGUCCCGUGGUGAAAGUGCUGGGCUUGUCAGUUCUGUAGGGAGGACUCUGGAGGAAUUUAAGACCUCUGUAACUGUGGCUGCUCACAAAAAGGUCACUUUUGAACUCACAUAUGAGGAACUGAUGAAACGCACACAUGGCAAGUAUGAGCUGCAAAUUCAUGCUCGACCCAUGCAGCCUGUCAGAGACUUCAAGGUGGAUGUGUACAUUCACGAGGAAGCCGGCAUCAAUUUUAUUGAUGUGAAAGGAGGCCUGAGCACCAAAGCCCUUGCUAAUGCCAUCACCAAAACCCAUGUUAAUAAACAGUUUGAUGGCAACAUUUUUCCCUGGAAAUUGGAACUUGUUCAGGCCAACAGUAAAAAUGUGGAAAGCGCCAAAAACUUUGCAUGCAACAUUCAAGCUGGAGGAUACACAGACAUCAAUCAAGCACUGCUGCAAGGAGCAAAUAUGCUGAACACGCAUGACAGAGAAGGUUCAGCAUCAAUCCUUAUACUCCUCACAGAUGGACAGCCAACCAAAGGGGUGACAAAUCUGGAGAAAAUACAGUCAAAUGUCAGAGAGGCUGUUGCAGGCAAAUUCCCAGUUUACUGUCUGGGUUUUGGUUUUGAUGUUGAUUUUGAGUUCCUUAAGAAAAUGUCGCUGCAAAAUAACGGUGUGGCACGACGGAUUUAUGUAGACUCUGAUGCUGAUUUACAGCUGAAGGGUUUCUAUGAAGAGGUGGCAACUCCUCUGCUGACAGAUGUGACAAUGAUCUAUGUGGGUGGGACCAAUCUAACCCAGACUAACUUCAGUCAGUAUUAUAAUGGUUCUGAGAUUGUGGUGGCCGGACAGAUCACAGACAAUGGCAUUGAAACCUUCACACCUCAAGUUGUGGCUAUUUCGAGUAAUAGAAGGUUAGUAUUUUCUGACCCAAAUGGCAUUGUGGAAUCUGGUGGAAGUGUGUCUGAUGACCUUAUCCAGAGAGUUUGGGCCUACCUCACAGUUAAACAGCUUCUGGACAAAGAGCUCCAGUUAUCUGGACCUGAGAAAGAGCAAGUGAAGAAGGAGGCUUUGAGUCUCUCACUGAAGUACAGCUUUGUGACGCCGCUCACAUCUAUGGUUGUCACAAAGCCUCUGGGAGAGACCAUACAUGUGCUUCAUAAACCCAAGGAAAGUGAAGCACCACAGAGAAGGAAGCUCCCUGGACGUCAAUCCAUUUCAAGACACCGUGGUACUUCUACUGGUCACAGGAGUGAUAAUGUUGCAACAACUGCUGUUGAGAGAGCCUUUGAGGGCUGGUUCUCCUCACUUGAUCCAGGAGAAAUGAUAGAUAUUUUACAAUUUGUUAAUGGAGAUAGAGGAUUUUACUUUUCCUCGCCCUCUGGAUCUCAAUCCCACAAAAAACAACCUAAUUUAAGAGAAACCUUACUUGAUAUAUUCAUACAUCAUUAUUCACCUCAUGGCAAUCCUCUGCAACCAACUGAUGCUCCUCUUCUCCACAGGUUUUUGUUAAAAGCUGAGAAUCAGACUGUUCCGCUGUGCUUUGAUGUCAGUGGUGCUCUCAGCCUUAAACUUCUUCAUCAUCCCAGCAGGGAGCUGUUUGUGAAUGGUGAGCUUGAUUCAGUUGCAACCGGAGGUUUCAAGAGAAUUUUCAUACACUUCCAAACUAACAAGCAUUUUGAGAUUGACACCAAAGGGGUCACUGUACGAGAUGGACAGACAGAAACACAUCACACUGGACAGGAUCUGGUCACUGCUGGAAGUGCCACAAUGAUUAUGCGCAACAAUGAAAUAGACAUUGCAGCAGGAGACAUGCGCCUGGUUAUUUUAGUUCAUAAGAAGAACAGCAUUAAAUUCCUUUGGCCAGUUUUAAGACAGCAUCCUUCAGCCAACAACACUGAUGGACUUUUAGCUCUAAAGUCAGCAGUUUAUGAGGAGGUACAACAAGUUGCGGCUACAAAACUAAAGAUUAAAAACCAGGAGAUCAAUGUUACUAGCGGCGAUGCCAAUGACUAUAGCAUUGCCUCUCCUCUCAUGAUGAACUGCUGGCUCACAUCUGCUGACUCUGCCUUGCAGAGACCACUGGCCGAUUUCAUUGUUCCACAACUUUAACUGGAAACAGUGAAAAAAUAUUUCAUUUAAGAAGAGAAUAUGGAAAAUACUUGCAACACCUGCUUCCAGCAUGAACAAAUAAAAAUAUCUUGGAUUGUU